AAUUAAAUAAAGAAUAAAUAGAGGUCAAUCAUUUCUCUUUUCCACUACUCUCUAACCAAUUACCUCAUCUACUUCUACGUACCACAAGUUUUCUUUUCAACAGCUAACACAAACAUGAUUAAAACAAAAUUUGAGCAAGAAGAAAUAAUUCCCGAUGUAAUCGACAAAUCGCCCGAUAAAAAAUUAAUCAUAACCUAUUCAGGUGGGGAAGAGGUUAAUUUAGGAGAAGAAUUAACUCCUACCCAAGUAAAAGAUCCACCAACAAUAAAAUUUGAACCUGAACAAGAUGUUUAUUACACUUUGGCGAUGGUUGAUCCAGAUGCGCCAAGUAGAGACAACCACACAUUUAGAGAAGUAAAUCAUUGGUUAAUCGGCAACAUUUUGAAUGGAAACUUAGAAAAUGCCGAUACAAUAACUGAGUAUUUAGGCUCUGGGCCGCCGAAAGGAACUGGCUUGCAUAGAUACAUAUUUUUAUUGUUCAAACAAAAAGAGAAAUUUACUUUUGAUGAACCAAGAACCGAAAAAUUAUCACGAUCGCAUCGAUUAAACUUCAAUUUGAGGAAAUUUAUUAAGAAAUACGAUUUAGGAGAAGCGAUCGCAGGGAACUUUUAUAAAGCACAAUGGGAUUCGUACGUUGAUGAAAGGAAUAAAAUUAUUAAUAGCCUUGCAGAAAAGCAAUAAAUGUUAUUUACAAAAAUUGUAAUUGGUGCAGGAUUAAAA